AUGCCGCCAAGCCAGCAAGUGCGGCUCGAGUUUGCGCAGCGCGACAUUUCGUUCCAAUACGCACAGCUGUGCCUUCCUUCGAACUGCCCCAAAGGCGUCUACGUUCAGCUGGACGACGAUGACACUCACCUUUGGCAUGGCGUGAUCUUUGUUCAGAAUGGACCAUUCAGCGGAGGCAUCUUCCGCUUUGACAUCGUCUUCCCUCCAGCAUACCCAUCGGCAACACCGCAAGUCUUCUUUCCACCCACGUUGCUUCAUCCGCUCGUCGAUCCCGACACUGGCCGACUGCUGCUCAGCUCUCGAUUCCCGACAGCAUGGCGUCCUCGGCAGGACUUUGUCUUCCACAUCCUACAGUUCGUGAAGAACGCUUUCCAGGAAGACAACCUUGAGUCCCUACGUGAGGGACAAGUCGCAAAUCCAGAAGUCUAUAGGAUGUUCCGCACACACCGGACGCUGUUCAACAAGCUCGCGCUUCAAUCGGUCUCGUUGUCGACGGCACCGUCGAGUCUAUAUGAUGUGAGCGGCGGCAGCGGGUUUCCGAAUCCAAGCAUCGGGCUGAACCGCGCCAACCCGGCGCGCCCUGCUGAUGGCAUGUCUUCAUUCACAAGUCGACCGAUGCGUACGGACGAGGCAAACGGUAUUCUGUUCCGCAAGCUCGACGAUGGCGAACUUGCCGAGCUCAGAGGCGACAUCUUCGGCGACGAAGCAGCAGACUCGCCAGCACCAGCGCCGGUCCUCGAGCUCUAA